CUAUACCGGAAGUCUAAUUUAAUAAUCCAACUGACUUGACAAUGCUCGAGGGAAAAAUCAGCCGGGGGGAUACGAAGAUUAUAACAAGUGAAUUUGACAAGUAACUCAGCCCAUGAGAGAGAGCCAGUGAGACUGUUUUGAUUGAAGUGAUAGCAUAAUGGAUAGUAUCCAUCGAGUUUAAGAGCAACGGCGGAUUUUAGGAGCCCAGCCUGAGCACUGCUAUCAUCUGAAGUUGGAUAUCGCAAUCACUGCAAUGACUGAGUCCUCAAAACUGCCUUUAGGGAGGAGAAUGAAGGCACGGGCCCCACCUCCGCCGCAGGUCCCUCAACCCGCCCCACGCCACAUCUUCAGAAACGCUGUACCUGAUGGGGGAGGGACCUCGGGCAUGGACGCCAAGGAGAACAUGUUAAGGCCCACUGUGGAUUUACAGCUAACUCUCCCACAGGGAUACCAGACUUCUGUAACUGAGAAUGGAAGUAAGGCGCUGAUGGACCUUCUGGUUGAGCUGUGUAGCCGCUACCACCUGAAUCCAGCACUGCACACCCUGGAGCUGCUGUCGCCCGAGGGCCACCCUUUGGGGUUCAAGCCCAACGCUCUGCUGGGCUCCCUGAACGUGGCCUGUGUCCUCAUCAAGGAGAAAGUCUGGGAGGAGAAAGUGGUGCGCAGACCUGCACCCAAAGUGCCAGAGAAAACAGUGCGUUUGAUGGUGAACUACCACGGUAGCCAGAAGACAGUGGUGCGGGUCAACCCGUUGGUACCACUCGUGGCUCUGACACCAGCCAUCUGUGACAAGUGUGAGUUUGACCCUGCACAUGUCCUGCUCCUGAAGGACGCCAUCAGUCGCCACGAGCUACCGCUGGACAAAUCUCUGGCAGAACUGGGGAUCAAGGAGCUCUACGUACAUGAUCGCAGUCUAGUUCUCCAGCCUAAAAUGGCUUCUGCCCCUGCUCUUAACUACUCAGACUCAAUUCACUCCAGUACCACCAGUUUGGGCAGAGCAGAGAAAAAAGGCUUCCUGGGUAUCUUCCAGUUCAGCAGGAGGAAAUCAAAGACAGAGACAACAUCUGUGGACAUGGAAGACUUUGAUGAUACAGUAAUCCAAAAUACUGACACACAAUCCAAUGGUCUGGCCUCAGUGUCCAGCGUAGAAGACCGGCCCAGUACCUUGGGUCAGUCUCAGUCGGUCAUGAAUAUGUCCAGGAUGUCUCCCAAAUCUGAAAGCAAGAAGAGGAGGGCCCCUGCACCACCGGAGGCCCCGACACCCAUCAUGGGACACAUGAGCUUCGAGGGCUAUCAGAUGGCUCUUGGCUCAGAAAGCCAGCAGAGGAAAAGAAAGGCUCCAGCCCCUCCUCCCACCCCAGCAUCCAUCACCCCGGGCUUUGAUGACACUUCAACUUCUCCUUCUCCCACUCCUGAUAGCCUAGCUAUUGAAACACCCACCCCAGCCCUCCGCACCAAGGUGGCACAGUCGGUUCCAGCCUCUUCUACCAUUGUGGUAAUGCAAACAAUGAAACCCGCCCCCUUGAAAGUAGCAAUCCAACCUGCCACCCCAACCGCCAGCUCCCCAACCCCAAGCAGCAGCACCACCGACAGCCUAGCUCUCCAGGAUUCCAGCUCUGACCUCAGCCACAGCCUUGAUGACUCAGAUGCUGACCUAGACCAGACUGGCUCCUACUGCAGCACCCUCACCAGCAGCACAGUGAGCGGCUCUGUGCGGGUCCAGCCCGCUACAAAAAGCUCCAGCAGCAGGAUGGAGGAAUCAGAGAUGUCGAGCAGCACGGCUACCAAAUUAAAUCAAGAGGUGACCUCAACCAGCAGCUCUAGGUCUGAGAUGGAGUCAGCCCUCAACCUGAAACUGGAUGAAGUUGAGAACAACAGACACAGUGCAAUGGGAGCCUCUGAUCAACCAGUGCCACCCAAACCUCGUCGUUCCCUGGCUCAGGGACCACCACAGCUUGUCCUAACCCCCACUCCAUCCACUCCUCCCCUGCCCUCCCCUCCCAUUGAGCCCACAGAAAAUGACUCCCCAGUGAGUCCCAUGGUGAUGGAGGAAGCAGCUCCCCAGUCCUGGCUCCACUCCAUGGGGAGCUCUGCAGCCAGUGGCCAGAAACCAGAAACUGAAACACCUGAGGAGGAAACUGUGUCCCUGGGCAGCAGCAGUGGUGGCAGCAGCCUGCCUGACCAGGGUUACGCUGCCUCAGAGGGUAUGGCAGACGGCGAGGACUCGGGCAUGGUCAGCUCUCCAUCUGACACCCAGCCCACAUCCCCGGAUGGGAGUUUGUCUUUGGAUGGAAGUAGCGGAGGCGGAGCAGAGAAACUGCUGGGACCGGUACGGGACAAUUCCAGCGAUAGUGACGAGGGAUGUGCAACCUGGGGAUCAAGACACAGGCACAAUGACAUCAGUUCACAGGCAAAGUCAGGCGGGUUCAAAGACAGCUAUGAAGACCCAGAGCUCACAGCCCAGCUCCAUCAGACUUUGGCAGAUUUUGAAGCCGACCUUGCAGACCACAUUGAUAUUGUCUCAGUGAAGGAGACUCCCUAUACCAUGUCCACCGACAGUAAUGAGGUGCCAGUGUCCGUAGUGGACAUGGAUGUGCCAGUCACAGCCAUAGAUGAAGUGCUGGAGGACUAUGAAAGUAACGUUGUAGAAAAUGAAGCAAAGGCACUGACGAGGACUGAGUCAGCUGGCAGCAAAGGUCCAGAUUUUUGUCACCAGUCCAGCACCAAGCCACAGAACAAAAACAACAAUGCUUGUACAGCUGCUGACAGUAAUAAAAGCAGCAGUGCAAAUACUAAGCAGCCGUCUCAACCUGAACAGCACAGGGAGUCACUGGAGAACAAGUCUAUAGGUGAUGAAAAGAGAGAAAAGAUAACAGAGACAAAAAUUAAAGAGAUGAACGUCACUCAGACCGAGAGUGUUAAAGAGGAGAAGCAAAGAACAACAUCAGCAGUGAAAUCUAAUGCCGACAUGCAGAAACAGAGCAAAAGCACUGAGAUCAAAUCUGAUCCUGUAAAAAAUAACGCUCAACCUUUUCAAGAGAAGAAACCUGUUCUACCACCAACCAGUCAGAGAUCAGUGUCUGCAGAAAGAGUUGAGGAAGGGCACAGAGUUUACCAAAAUAACUCCAGCUCCAAUACUUCCCACGGUAAAAUCACUCGCAACGUCACAUCACGGUUCGGUAUGAAAACGUUCACUGUGGUUCCUCCCAAACCUUCUGCCGUACAUGCUGCUACAGGAGAUCCAGCCGUCAAAUUAAUCGCAGGUGCCAUUACGAUUGAUGAUCAAGGAAACAUGGUGAAAGGUAUCUCCCGGAACAAAGUUGGUGGUUCAUCAGAGUCAGGGAUUAAUUGCGGCGAGGGGUCUCCUCUUCAUGGAAGAGCCAAACUUUUUUGGAGCUCAAAUGAGAGUCAAGAAAGUCCUGUGCACCACAGCAAAGGUCAGAUUAAUAAGGCGAAGGAGAACAUGGAUGGCCUGAGAAAUACUCCCACUGUAAUUUCAGAAACUCCAUUGAAGACCAGUAACUCUGGGUACCUGAAAACAACACAAAAUAUUAUGUAUAAACCUGCAGAGAGAACCCAGCCUAAAGAGACAGUUAAAGAAAAAGCUAAAGAACCAGUGACAGACAUCCAUGUUGCAAAGGAGGAGCGGGUGGAGGUAGAGAGCAAGAUUUCAGUGUCAACAAACAUUCAGCAGCCAAGCUGUAAACCUGCCCUUUCCCCUCUACUCCUUCCAGACCUGAAAAGAGACCUGUCCUUCCUCAAACCAUCCAGGCGAACCUCAAGCCAGUACGUGGCAUCUGCCAUCACUAAAUACGCCCCAAAAACCUCAGAUAAACCCAACUCCAUCCCUAAAGUCGCUGACUCCUCUGCCUCUGUGAAAACACAGACUGUUGGCUUCCAGAGAUCGGGUCGGUCCAUACAAGUGAAUCCACACCCAUCUUCCCAGUCCUCUUUGGCAGAUAAUAAGGAGAACGACUCUGCUUCUAAACCCAACCCUUCUGGUCCUAAGAGAUUAAUGAGCUGUCCAGAGUAUGUGUCAGAUAGCCAGAGAGAUUUUGGUGAAGCGAGACCAGACAGUGUUGCAUCGACCAAAGGAAGCACUUCUACGCUGGAAACAGAAACAGCCAAGAGUAAGCACAUUCAGUCUAGUGGCCCUGCCCAGAUAAAUGUGACCGCCAGCAAUGACAGAGAUGAUAUUAAACAGAUUUGGCCCAGAAGUUCCAACCCUGCACAAUGCAGUCCUCUACACUCAUCUGCCAAACCACCCACAGCCCCAAAGACCAUAUCCCAAGGCCGGACAAAUAACACAAGGGACAUGACGAAGGCAGCCACCCAUCUCACACCUGAUGCGAGACCACAACCUUCUGUCACAGUAUCAGACCGCGGUGAUGUACCACAGCCGGUGACAGUGUUUGGGCCACUUAAGAAGUUCAGACCGGUGAUCUGUAGAUCUGUGGAGAAAGAGACAUCUCUGCACAGCAGCCUGAUGGACGCAAUCCAGACAGGGGGAGGCAGGGACAGGUUGAAGAAGAUAUACACUUCUGGUCCCAGUAACAUGAAGAAAGCAUCUUAUGUUGAGGAGGAGAACGAGAGGUCUGCUCUUCUGGCGGCCAUUAGAGCCCAAAGCAACUCCAGCAGGCUGAGGAAGACCAAAUCUGAGGCUGCAGAUGAGCUUGAGAAGUUCAGGAAGGUGGUCUCUGAGGAGGAGAGAAGUGCACAUCCCCCCUCCUCUCCCUCUCCUCCCUCUGUGACUUCCCCUUCCACUUCACCCCCUGUCUUUACCCCACCACCACCGCCGCCACCAGCGCCCACGGCCGCACCUCCACCUCCUCCCCCUGUCUUUCCCCAGGGUAAGCCUAGCGCUGCGGCACAUCCAAGUGCUAACGCCCCCGCGAACCCUGCCUUGGCCAGGGAGGCUAUGCUGGAGGCCAUUCGCUCUGGAUCAGCUGCUGAGAGGCUGAAAAAGGUUGCUGUGCCCACAAAGACAGUUCAAGUGAAUGGGAGACUGGGAACAAUCCAAGCAACCUCCUCAGCCCUCACCCAGCAAUAAGAGGGAAGCCCACAUCACCGCAACCAGGAAUAAUUGAUCAAAUUCCAUUUUGGUUUUCCGCUUUUUGCCAUUGUGCUUUUGCAGCAGACGCUGAGUGAAUGUUAUUUGAACUUCACAUCUCUCACUAUCAGUCCGGGAGCCUUAGGCUUAAACUAUUGCAGUUUUUAAAGGAACAGUAAUGCAGGGAGACUGUUAUUUUCACUUAUAUUAUCUACUUAUAUGUUUUUUAUAUAAAAGCGGAAUGAUUUAAACAUUUCCUCUUGCAAAAGGAAUGUUACUUUAUUAGCCAAACACCUGCAACAUCUGUCUGAUAAAGGUGUGACAGGUGAAAGGUUUGCAGUUAAUUCCAUCCAUGAUAUCAGAUGUUUCACCUCCUAACAUAACAAUAGCUUGCUGGAACAUGUUUGUGUUCAUCUUUAUAACAUAGUGUUGCUCCUAAACAUAUCUUGCCACCUGUACUUGAAUUUAGUAGUUUUAACUGGAAUGUUGUAAAAAUGUGUGCCAAUGAAAGAAAAUUUAAGUAGUUUAUGCUACUUUCAUUUUUUUUUUUUUUGUUCUGAUCUUUUUUUAUUUGCUUUUACCACAGAAAGUCAUGGCCUUAGUCGAUGCCUUAUACUGUUGCUCAGUGUUACGUAUAUGAUGUUUGCUGUAUAAAUUCUAUGAGGGGUGCAAUAAGUUGGAUCUGACAAUGUUUCCAGAUUCAGUCAAUUUAAUAUUUGUUUAACCAAUGAAGAUUAUUGAAAUCUUAAAUACCCUUAAGAAAACAAUGAUUAGAUCCAUUGGAAAUGUUUUAAGUAUGUAGAUCUGGUCCAUGAUGCCAACUGCUACAGUUCCUGGCUCUGAGGAGUAAGAUGGUGAAGACUGACUAGUGCCUGUUAGAUCAUCACUAUGCUCCUGUUUUGGCGUCUAGCCUUCAAUUGUGCUGUUCUUUAUAAUCUAAAGACAUUGUCAAAUCUGGUCAGCACCCUGUAGAAAUGCAUAUUUGUACAGGUGCAAUAUGAUUGACCAUGCUUUUUUAUGUUUGACAUAUAUUACAUAUUAAGAUGAACCUUUCCUUUCAUUGACAUCUCAACACUUUAGAAGCAUUAUUAUUUAAGUAUAUCAAUGGUGGAUGCCACAAUGAGCAAAGAGAUUAGUUUAUUAAUGGUUAUGUAACACAAAAAAGCAGUUGUAGGGAAGCAGAGGUUUAGGUUUAGGUCUUCAUUCUGUGGAGAGAGGACCCCUGUAUUAAAUGUUAUAGUUAUGGAUAAAGUAGGAUGUUCACGCUAGAAUGAUACAAACCUAUAGCAUCCAUAUUCAGGUGUAAAUGCUUGCUGCUGUGUAUUGUGACUAAAGGGAGUUGCAUUUAGUUUUAUAGAGAUUUAUUUUAAUUUAUGCUCACUUUCAACACUCAAAAAAAAAAAUUUACUGUUGUAUGUUUUAUCUUGAGAGUGAAAACCUUAAGAGCUUUUCUAUUUUUUCUUUCUCUAACUAGAAAGAGUUAUUUCAUUUCUGCUAGUAGAUGGUUUCAUCUACACACUAUAGCCUACAGCACAUUGUAGCACUGUAUAUUUUGUAAACUGAAGAAAGAUCAUCGCUGUGAUAGAUUUGAUUUAAAACUUUGAUAGAAAGCUAUUCCACCGGUAGCAUCAACAUUUUUUAAGCUAUUGCUUUUUAAGUUGUAAUUGCACAUUGUUUUUUCAGAAGGUUGCACAGUUAUUUUUGUCUACCUAAUUUUUGAUUCAAUAAAUAAUUUUGUAAUCAAGAGGAAAA